UUUUGCGCUCCGGAAGCGGAAGUGGAGUAGUGAGGGAUUCCUGCGCGUUUGGUUACUUUGGAGAGCUGUUUUGGGUGCUGCUGUGUGGUCAUCCCAAGUCCCUCCAGGGCGGCCGGCGGAAGGAUUCUAAAAACUGUACAGAAUUUCAAGAUGAGUGAUACUUCUGAAGUGAUUCCAGAUUUUGAAGAGAUGUUUGCAAACAGAUUCACACAAGAUGACAAAGAGUACCAAGAGUACUUGAAACGUCCUCCUGAAUCACCCCCAAUUGUUGAGGAAUGGAAUAGCAGAGCCGGUGGGAACCAAAGAAAUCGAGGCAACUGGCUGCAAGAUAACAGACAGUUUAGAGGUAGGGAUAACAGACGAGGAUGGCCAAGUGACAAUCGAUCAAAUCAGUGGCAUGGACGGUCAUGGGGAAACAAUUACCCACAGCAGAGACAAGAGCCUUACUAUCAACAGCAAUACGGACAAUAUGGUCACAACCAGCGGCCUCCAUACGGUUACUACUGACAAAUGUUACGGCUUUUAACAAAAGACCGUUCAUUUUGAUAAUGUGUUAAACGUUUGGCUGUCUUCUUUUGGUCAUAGUUUUUCGUUCUAUUUUACAGAAUGGGUUGUUAAUUGUUUAGAACUUGAAUAAAAUUGAUCUUGCUAGAAAUGUGAUGAUUGGUGGUAAUAAAGUGGAUUAUAUAUGAUUUAAUAAUG